UCUGGGUCGGCCGCCCGCUGUUUUCUCUUCGUGCCCUUACGCAGGGCCGUGGUGCCUUCUUGCUGCUUCCAUACCGUGUUUAGCCCGGUUCUCGGUUGAUUUCGUCCUCAAGCGCCGCUGAAUUUUCACCCUCUUGCCCUUGCCGCCCCUUCCGCUGGUCGAUCCCGGUCGCCGCUCAGACUGCCCUGAACAUCCGCGUCGCUCGUGUCCAUCCAAAGCCCGCGAUUGUGGCUCUCAUCUCGUUGCAGGAGUUUGGUUAAUCUUCAUCGCCCCAUCCGGCACCGCUACUGCUUUCAUGAUCGCAAGCGACGACAGCUCUAUGUUUUAUCUCUCGAUUCUGGAACACCCGUACCAAGUCCGGACCUCGGGCAUGGCUGCCUCCGCAACGGGCCGUUCAAUCGAUCCUGUUCCGAUCCUGCAGCUAUGUUUCCGUGAUUCCCAAGGCAACGUCUUGAAAGAUGGCGAUGCAGAUGUCUUUUCGGCCGCGACAUUCUUUGUCGUUCAUGUUCGGCUCUAUUCCGCCGAUGGCUCUCAUGAAAUUGACGUUCUUCGCUCGCAACGAGGAUCACACGCUCCUCGCCGAGCAUCAACAACGGGAACAACAUCGGCAGCAGCAGCGGCAACAGCAGCAGCAGCAGCAAAUCUGACAAAUCUGACGACGCCAGCAAUGAUGGCGAUACCUCAGAACAGUUCGACAUCUCACGAUUCUUUCGAUCGAGUCUACGGCCGUGGUCACGAGCAUGAUUCAAGCAGCCCAGCCAAGCUCGAGCCCAGCGGCACCACGUUUGCAUCUGCGUCGGCUUCGCGGCUGCCGCAUGUUCACGAGAUUCGCUACCCAUCGGACGCUCAUAGUAAAGAGCAUGCGCCGAGAGCGUCAUCGCACGAUCUAAAUAGAUUAAACGAGGGCUACGGGCCUGCUGCCAAUAUCAAGUUUGAAGAGGACGGCCUGUCGCAGGCUCCGUGGGACUAUUCCCAGCAGCAGCAGCAACACCACCAUCAGCACCGCCACCAGCAGCAACAGCACCAACACGAAGAUUCUACCGUCGACCUCACGCCGCUGUUUGGCAACCUCGUUUCGCCGAGCUAUGUGGCUCGAGAUCUCGAUCAGCGACUCGGCAUCUUCUUCAUCUUUGGCAAUUUGUGCAUCCGCCUCGAAGGAUCCUUCCGACUUCGGUUUACCCUGGUUGACUUGCGUUUGUAGGUGUCCCUUCCCUUCCGGGCUUCCUUUUUUUCUCUGGUGGGCGAAUGAGCAGAUGGGUGG